UAAAAUGUAGAUGUAGAGUGUUUAGAGUAAAUUUACAUUAAAUAGAAAAAAUUCUUUUAUAAAUUUUUAAUUUAACAUAAUUCAUGUGGAAUGUUAUCACGGUUCUUCUAGGCGUUUUUGAUCAUGGAUUUGGAGACGAUGACAAAAUUUGGGGAGGCAGAAAUGCAAAGCACGGCGAAUUCCCUUUUGCUGUUUUCAUCACAGGAAACCUUUUUUGUGGUGGUGGUCUUUUGACACUGGAUAAAAUUGUUAGCGCCGGUCAUUGUUUCGUGCAAUGGGACGAAAAGGGAAAAAAAGUGGAACUGGAUUUGAAACGGACGAUAGUUAUUGGGGGCAUGGUGAAUUACUUAAAACGCAAUUUGGCCUACCAACAAACAACAAUUCGCUUAUUUAAAAUGCACGAUAACUACAGAAAGAGAAAAGACGGGUCCUAUUAUCACGAUGUCGCUGUGGCGAAGUUAAACGAAUCUUUUCUCGAGACCCUCACGCUCAAACGAAUGCCGAUCCCGCAAGGAGGGAAAUCCGAAUUCAAACGACAUUGGGAUCGGUUGGUGGCAUCGGGAAACAAAUGUUACGCGAUGGGCUGGGGCACAACCGCCAAGGGCGGAACAGAACCGUCGCCGAGCAUGAUGGUCAUACAAGUCGCGUUGUGGAGCGAACAGAAAUGCAAAGAAACGGCUUGGGACCCAGAAGAUUCGGUGACGAAAUUCGGCGAAGUGUGUGCUUCAUCCGUAGAAACAGGGGAGACUUUCUGCGACGGAGACUCCGGAAGUCCGCUCUAUUGCGACGGGUACGUCUACGGCCUGGCGACGGCAAACUGGGAAUGUGGAAAUACCGUUUUACCACAGUAUUUUCUCCUUUUCUGGCACUAUCUUGACUUGAUGGCAGUCAAUUUAGAUAACAGUGCAAUUGAUAUACAUUUUGAAGUCCGUCUCAUACUUAUCCCCGUUGUCGUUUUCUUUACACAAAAAGAACAUAAAAGAUUCAAAAUUUUCGUAAAUUGAAACAUAAAAAAAUUUAACAUAUGUGGUAUAAUACAUUUUUACAACU